AUGCAGUCGAAGAGGUUAACCACUGAGCCUCCAUGUAUAACAGAAGAAGUGUUUGAAGAAUGCUUAGCCACAGAUGGUAUGCUUGUGGAAUACUUUAAUGAAUUUUUGAGUCUUCCGACAUUUGCCCAGCCAGUUAGGUUUAACUCUGACUUUGGGGUUUUUGAAGUUGUUAAUGAUGCCCCACAAUGUGUUGAAAGCCAGCAGAAAAAAAGUCUACAUGAGCAGAAAACUCCAAAGCCCAUUUAUGAUGCUCUAAGGAAAGUGAAGAAUGAUGGGCAGCUCUCCAAAAUGCGCAGUGCUUCUCCAGCCUUCAAUAUUGAUGCAAAUUACAACACUAUGUGCCUUGAUCGAGAACAAGCAAUUCAGUGGAUUAAGAAAGAAAGGCUUCCAGCAUUUCUGGAAAGUGACUGUUACUUUGAAUACAGGCUAGCUAAAUUGAUAUCACAGGUAGAAUGGAGCAAGACUGGCAUUACUUUCAUUAUUGAUAAUGACUACUGUCCCUGGAUAAGGAAGCAAGAUCCAAGUCCUCCCCCUCCUGAGGAGGAUGACACUUCGAUGACUAUGAGAAAGUUCUAUAUAUCGCUUGGAGAGGCUACAGUUUCUCAGCCAAAGGAUUGUUUUACAUUAACAAAAGGAAGUGAAUUAAUGAAAACUACAGAUUCAUUCUCACAUCCUGUAGCUUCUAGUCAAAUUCAGUGUUUGCCUGGACAGCGUGAAAGAGAUAAUUCAUUAAGUGAAAAAGAUGGUCUUCUGGACGCAGGUUCCCUGUCUAAGGAAGGACACCAAUGGAGUUUCCUUCGCCCUUCAAGGAAAGCAAAAGCCAUCAUUUUAAGGAAGACAUCCAGAGAGGCUGAGGAGGGUUCUUCUGUGGCCACUGCUGAACUGCCUGCUCAUACUCAGUUAAGAGUUUAUGUAGAGCCAAAAUGGGACAGUGCAGCAAAAGAAAAAAAUGAACAGGAAAGUGUAACUAUUCAGACACCAGGAGAAUUCAUACCAGAUUAUACCCAACUUGUAAUGAAGGAACCUGCUUCAGAACCGGCUCACCAGCCAACUGCUGAUAUUCACAGUAAUGUGGAUUUCCACAAACAGCCCGAACUAUUUAUACAUGAGCCAUCAAAUAAUGAAUUUCCCCAUGGCACUGCAGAGUCACUCCUUUCCCAAAGUUCUCCAUUUUCUGUCUUGAACUCCCACAGAGAUGUAAGAGAACAAGACACUGACGAAGUAAGCUUAAAAUCAAGUUCUGAAAGUGGUGGGUCAGACAGUAGAGCCUGCUGUAUUAGUCACAGGACUUCUGAUACUGGCAACAGACAUGAGUUUGAGAGAUUCAAGAAGUUCAUUAAAGGAACACUUGGGGAGAGAUACUGGUGGCUCUGGAUGGAUAUUGAAAGACUAAAGGUGCUCAAAAACGCUACAAGGCAGCAAAGGCAACUCAAUAAGAUGAAGAAACUGUAUCUUUUGAGCAGUGGAGACUACUUCCUCAGUUCGGAAGUGUUACUCAGACUUAACUUGCUGCAUGGAGAUCAGUGGAAUGUAAGGCAUUUAAGACGGAUUCAGCCUGAAGUAGUGAAACCUCUGCUUCUUUACUGGGGUCCCAGAUUUUGUGUCACUCAUUCAACAGCAAUACAAACUGCCAGUGCAAAACUGAAGAUGUGGCACACAUGCCAACAGAGACCAAGGGUGGACAUUGAUCCUUUUCCACAUAUAGUAUCAUUGCUACCAUUGACACUUAAGUCUUGCAUGCCCAAGAUACCAGCUUCCCUUUCUCAGAAAAGUAGAACAAGCUCACCAACAACUUUAUUAAAACCACCUACACCAAAUUUCUCUUUGAAGAAAUCAUCAAGAUUAUCAUCUACCCUACCAUCAAGACAGAGGCCCCAAAGGGAUGACAUUUCUACUAGUAGAAAGUGGCCAAAGUCAGCUAACAGCGACAUGAUUCAUUACUCAGCUUUGGAUGACACCAAUGACUCAAAAUACCAGGGUCAUAGAAAGUACACCUAUGCUGAGCUGCUCCAAGGGAAAAGCGCUGCUGGCAGUGCUGUCUUAAGGGGAUCAAGAAUGGAAAGCAUGCUGCAGUCUCUUUAUUUGGACAACAGAGCAGGCUACUACUUCACACGGUUCUGUGAGAAGUCAGGGAAUAAGCUGUGGAAGAACAGCGCGUACUUUUGGUUUGACCUACAAGCUUAUCAUCAGCUUUUCUACCAAGAAACUCUUCAUCCUUUCAAAAUCUGCAAGCAAGCUCAAUUCCUUUAUGCAACUUACAUUGCCCCAUCUGCCAGUAUGGACAUUGGACUUCAUCAGGGGAAGCGAAACAUGAUUUAUCAGAAAAUUGACCCAGCUUUUGAAGAUCUUUUUGACCCAGCAGAAGAAUAUAUCCUCACUGUUCUGAUAGAACCAUGGAUGAAGAUGAUGGAAGAAGACAAAUAUACUUACGGAAAGGUGGAGUUGGUGGAGGAAACUCAACAGCUGGACUCCGUGUACUUUAGAAAGCUCCAGGCUUUGCAUCAGGAGUGUGGUUCCAAGAAGGAUGAGAGUAUUGCUGCUGACACUGGUCUGCCAUCUUGCCCUGAUGCUCUCAAAGAAGACGAGCACUUGAGUCAAGUUUCCAAAGAAUUGACAGGUCCUAAUCUAUCUGACCUCAUCCAAGACAAAGAGAAGUUAGAACACUUCUGGGCUUUUCUUAAUGAGCAUUCUGCUGGCAUGGAUCUCAUGUGCUGGCUAGAUAUUGAACAGUUCAGAGAGAUGCUCCACAAGGAUAAAGAAAAUAGGAUGGAAAAAUCUAAAGACAUUAAAAACAAGUACUUCAACAAACAAUACUUCUUCGGACCCAACAGCCCAGCUACCAGAGAACAGCAAGAACAGAUAAUUCAUUCAGGUGGAGGAUGGGGACAAAUCCUUCAGGAUCAACUUUCGGCAACAGUUCUGCUAGAAAUUCAGCAAUGCGUCCAGAAGAGAUUAGAAGAACAAUGGCUGCCAUUGUUCCUGGCAGAUGAACACCAUUGUGUGGAGGGACAAGCAAAGAUAAAGAACAUAACUGAAGAUCUUUCACAACAAAAACAGAAGACAACUAGGUUGUGGAAGCUUGCGAACAAUAAGUGUGUUUCUUCAUCUAGUGCAGUAAUUGCUUUCCGCAAAGCACUGUUGAAUCCAGUAACAGCCAAUGAAUUUCAACGUUUUGUGUCACUGCAAGGAGAUCUACUAGUGAAUGGAUUGCUCUUUUGGCAAGAAGUCCAGAAGUAUAAGGACUUGUGCCAUUCUCACUGUGAUGAUGCCACAAUCCAGAAAAAGAUCACCACUAUUAUUGACUGCUUUAUUAAUUCUGCCAUACCUCCAGCUUUGCAGAUUGACAUUCCAAUGGAACAAGCAAAGAAGAUUUUGGAGCACAGGAGAGAGCUAGGACCUUACAUUUUUAGAGAGGCACAGAUGAGUAUUUUUGCUCUUCUGUUUAAAUUUUGGCCAAAAUUUUGUAAGCUUCAAAGCAGUUUGGGUAGUGACAAAAUUCUACUUGCCUUGGAGAGAAAAAAGGGAAAAAAGAUGCAAAAGAAGGAAGAUGGAACAGCAGAGCAGGAUAAAGAAGGGGGGACAAAACCCAUCAGUUUGCUAAGCAGUACUUUCACAGAUGAGACUGGUGUGGAGACAGGACGAGCACCAUUUUCAGUUGGACAUGAGUCACAGGCUUCCUGGUCCUAUUCUAAGUACAUAGAAGCCUUGGAGCAGGAGAGAGUACUUCUUAAAAUGGAAGAAGAUCUGGAGAAAGCUUCAUCAUCUUUUCCCAUCAUUUCAAUUUUCUUUUCAUAUGCAAAUACCUCAUCUAUGUCCUUCCCCAAGCCUGGAAACUCUGAAAAAUCCACUAUUUCUCUAAAGAUUAGUGUGAUGUUGGAGAAACACUCAAAUCUUCCCAAGAAGCAGAAAAUAAGCCCUCCAAAUAUGGAGGACUUCAGAGUGAGAACAAUACAAACCAUACUCCAGAAAAGAAAGUGGGUGUCACAUGAAAAUGUCUCAGCUGUGGAACCUGCACCACUGAUUGAGGUCGACAAAGCCAUGGCAAAAGAGUGUUUGAUUAAUUAUUAUUAA